AUGUUCGCAGCACUGGGUAAGAUCCUGAGUGAUGUCCAAUUCAGGUCACAUGAGCAGAAGGUGAAAAAGUAUCUCGACCAAGCCACAACAGACUCUGUUCUCGAAGAUCUCAAGAAAGCACUCGCGCCGAGACUGGGGGUGGUCAAGGGUCUGUGGACGACAUUCGACACCUAUUGCGUCGAGGACUCCUCCCAGCAGCGAUACUGGAACGAGGACAGUCUCAGGAAACAUAUAGCGAUUAUACAUCCUGAUGUCGCCAUCUCUGAGGCCGCCAUCCAACUGCUAUGGAGAUGUUUCCAUUUCUACGCCUACCACCCGUUCCCAAGCGAUGUCACUGACGGUAGAGUUGAUUCGGACGCCUUCCAACGCGCCGUAUCAUUACUAGUCGUCCAGUGCACCGAUAUCUUGGGCACCCAGGACGGAGGAGAUUAUUUCUGGCGCCACGACGACGCUUUCUUCCGCAAAGCCAAUUUUGAAAGAAUCUUCAGAAGCAUUGGCCUUCCAGAGGCUACAAGCAAACAGUCCACGCAACUGGAUUAUGACUCGACUUCUAUGCUGGACGAUGCUAUGGACGUUUUGGCCAUGACGCAGCCUCAAACGGUGAGCUUGGCUCCGUCGCCGGAUCAGCUUAGACCUGCAGCACGAAGGCUCCUUGGUGAAGGUGCUACUCAGACGCGAUAUCGGGUGCCUCGCAAAGACUUGUCAACGUUCCUGAGCUUGCUACUACGGCUGAGGUUACGCAAAGCCAAGUGGGGAACACGCUUCCAUCUUGGCUCCUUCGACAAAUCUGAUCCUGGUGACAAAGAAUUGGCUGACAUACUAGUGAAUGGACUGCUUAAGGACCAGGAGGAGGAGAAUCUUACGUCUAACGAAGUUCUCAGGGCAAUGGAUCUGCUGCCAAAUUUGCAGCUACGAUUCCACCAGCUUUGGGCGGUUCUAUUUCAACCACUGAUGACCACAGAUGAUCAAGUGCCAUCUCAGCCACCUGAAGCUAUACCUAGCCGUAUUCUUGGCGCUAUUUCGUUGUUCGUACCUCAACCUGUGGUCUCUAGCCGCUCUCAGACGACGAUGCAGGACAUGCGGAUUGCUCUUGAAAAGUUAAGUCAUCCGUCGCAGAGAUCAGAUGACAUGACAAUGACACGUCUCGUCAAGUCUCUUGUACAAGAUCCACAUCCUUAUCUCCUACUGUUUACCGGCAAAGAAACUGUGACGAGACCAGGUACAGCAGUAGGAGCAUACUUCCCUGGCCCGCUCUGGUUGAGAGCCAAUGAAGGAGAGGAGAAGCGUGAAUUUAAGGCUGGCACUUCAUAUCUCCUCUUUCAGCUCCAGCCACAAUUCCGCCUUCUCCGAUGGACCAGCCCUCAGAUACCACUAACAAACAUCAUUGAUACAGAUGGCGACGCACCAUCGAUAGAAGCUGUUGCAGCAAGUGACGAAACGUCUUCGAAGUUCAGCAAGCCCUAUAGGAUCGGAGACCCAGAAAGGAAAGGCCCCGGCUUACACAUUGAUCCAGAGACGAAGUCGGCCACGUUGAGCAAUUCUGCAGACGACGACAGCGGUGAGGGAUUCUGGUACAAAGACGUGUACAUAGACGGUGAUGGCGAUAGAACACUUAAUAAGAACUGGGAUGCGACAGUCAAGCUCGAUCAGCUCGACAUCUUCAGUGUGUCGGGCGGUAUAGAUGCAAAUCUCGCUACUAGGAGGAUCAUUGGGGCAAAGGAUCAGACUCAAUACAUGCAGGAGGCAACGGAACCGAAGAUCAGAGGCGAGGAGCUGACAAAGAGGAUCCAGGGCUUUGGCUCUACCUGA